AUGGCCCUGAGAGCAUGUGGCUUGAUCAUUUUCCAAAGAUGCCUCAUUCCUAAGAUGAACAAUACUGCAGUUGAGUUUUUACUGCUGCAGGCAUCAGAUGGAAUUCAUCACUGGAGUCCUCCUAAAGGCCAUGCCAAACCAGGAGAAAAUGAAUUGGAAACAGCCCUGCAGAAGACUCAGGAGGAAGCAGGCCUAAAAGCAAGCCAGCUGACCAUGAUUGAGGGGUUCAGAAGGGAGCUCAAUUAUAUGGUCAGGGAGAAGCCUAAAACAGUCAUAUACUGGUUGGCAGAGGUGAAGGACUAUGACAUGGAGAUCCACCUCUCCCACGAGCACCAAGCUUACUGCUGGCUGGGGCUGGAUGAGGCCUGCCAAUUGGUACAAUUCAAGGGGAUGAAGGCAGUGCUCCAAGGACACUAG